AGGCCAGAAAUAGGCUGCCUCGGUUCUAAAUGGCCGAGUUUGUGUGUCGCGCACGGUGAUUUAUCACCGUAUGACUUGGAUCUCGGUUCAGGAAGAGUUCACACACUCGCACAUUUCUCUUAACGUGGAGCAGAAGGCUGUGCAAAGGAGAGCCCGAGUUUGCCUUUUGUCUCAUUUUUAUAUUUUUUUUGACUAAUGCGCGGCUUUAACAACACUAAUCUUUUUUUUAAGGACCAAACUUCCAGCUCUUCUCCAGCAGCAGAUCCAAGACACUACCUACCUUGUUUUUAUUAUGGCCUCGUUGGGGAGCCUUUUCUAUUUUUCUCUACAACUUUAUGAAACUUUAGUUAUAAUUUAAUAGAGAAAUGUGCAAAAUAUUUUUUCCUGCAUAGGAAAUAACUUGAAACAUUCUCAAUAUUAUCUUUGUAAACUUAAUGUUAAUAUUAAUAUUAAUAUUAAAACGUUAAAUAUCAAAAUGAGUUAAAAUGUAAAUUAUUGUUGUUUAUAUUAAUGGUAAUAUAGCCACUAUUUAUUCACAAUUGUCUUUUAUUUUUCUUUAAAAGUUUAAUGGUAAUACGUGAUAUUUGUACAUAUAUUUAUUCUACAUAUUUAUAUGUUGAUGUACACAGCUGGUUAAAUAUAUAUAUAUUUAUUUUAUAUGUUUAUUAUCAUUAUUUAUUAUCAUUAUUGUUCAAGAAUGACGCUAAAAUCGACUUAUUAUCUGUUUUUUUAGUGACUAUGCGAUAAUCUUUGCUUUACCUUGUUGGUAAUAUCGCCUGUCCAUGUCCUUGUUACCGCUUCCGGCCGUGUCCACAUGAAUGUUACCCCCGUAUGGCACCAGGACGGUCAGCCGCGUAGACAACACCAGUAUUAUGGGUCAGCACGGGAAAAGUUCACAUUGUGGUCAUGAAAUGCACGAAUGUCCACCCGGUUUUUCAGGUUUUGCCGUCCUAUUUGUCUUUAAGGGAGAAGAAAGGGGAAUGUGGUGGUUGGUGCUUUGCAGACAGGGUCAGGGAAUUGGACACUAUAUGCGUAAUGUUUACGCAUAAAAAUGCAUUGUAGUUGUUUUUGCGUGGUUGGUACACAACGCAGUCCUCCUGUUAGUCUAAUGUUUUUCCCAAAGUGAGCUGCCUUUGAUUGCAUGUUGUUUAGCACAGAUGGUAAUGCAAGGUUGGCCCGCACAAGCCAGAAGGUAAACGGUAAUCGUGCGCACAAGUGCCCGGCCCUAUCUCGCCUAUAGUGUGCAGUGUCAGGCCUGCAUUGAAAAGUAAGAUGGAUCGCCACCAUUUCUUCUGCUCACAGUGCUUCUUGUAACCCCAGGUUCACCCGAGGAGGCCAUUGGCGGAGAGGCGUCACAUGACCACGGGGUGCCAAUGUUCUUCUACAAGGGUGUCAAGACCCUGUCACUUUCUGAAAUAAAUAUUGGGAAACGGCGAGAUGCAAAAGGCAACCUACUACGACAGCUCGGCAAUUUACAGUGGCUACCCGUAUCAAAGCGCAAAUGGCUUCAGUUAUGAUGCCAAUCAGGUCCAAUAUCCCCGCGCCUCUCAUGUGGAAAGUGACUACCAUCGACCCGCCUGCUCCCUGCAGUCUACUGACGGCUCCGUGCCUCUGCACAAGCCGGCGGAGAUGGCGGAGAGCUGCGACGCCACCGCGGGCAUCCAAGCGGCGCCGACCAAGGUGCAUCAUCCCGAAAGCGCUCAGGCGCCCCCUCCUUCACGGUCCCCCGCCGACACCGGCGAGAACGCGAGCAACGGCACCCGGCAACCGAGCGCCAAGAGCGGCUCUCCCACAUCGGCCCCCCGCGGAAAGCAGAUUUUCCCCUGGAUGAAGGAGUCCCGCCAGAACACCAAACAGAAACCUGCAAAUAGCGCCAGUUCAGUGGAGAGUUGCCCCGGAGACAAGAGUCCUCCCGGGUCAGCCGCCUCUAAGAGGGCCCGGACGGCUUACACCAGCGCCCAGCUUGUGGAGCUGGAGAAGGAGUUCCACUUUAACCGGUACCUCUGCAGGCCACGGAGGGUGGAGAUGGCCAACCUGCUCAACCUUACGGAGAGACAGAUCAAAAUUUGGUUCCAGAACCGUAGGAUGAAAUACAAGAAGGAUCAGAAGGGAGUCGGGAUGAUGCCCUCCCCCGGGGGGCAGUCCCCCAGGAGUCCAGUGGGCCCAUCUUCUGGUGGAGGAGGUGGAGGAUACCUCAGCUCUAUGCAUUCUCUGGUAAACAGUGUUCCUUACGAGUCCCAGUCACCGACGUCCUACAGCAAGAGUCAUCAAAAUGCAUACGGCAUGGCCACGUCAUACCCCCCUCCCUUAAACUCCCAGAAGAGGUAUCCCGACUCGGCCACGCCCGAGUAUGACGCGCAUGCCCUGCAGGGAAACAACUACGGGUCUCACAUGCAGGGCAGCCCCGUCUAUGUUGGCGGAGGGUACAUCGAACCAAUGCCCAACUCUGGUGCUUCCGUUUUCGGCCUCACACACCUCCCGCACCCGCCGUCCUCCAACAUGGACUACAAUGGAGCAAUCACGAUGGGCAGCAGCCAGCAUCACGGAGUGUGUGAUCCCACACCGACGUACACAGACCUUACACCGCAAUACUCUCAGGGAAGAAUCCAGGAGGCGCCGAAACUGACGCAUCUGUAGCGGUGUGGCGCAGUUUGUAUCACUCCGCCCAUUGUCUUGUAGCCACCUCCGGACCGCAUCACCGCCUUUCUUUGUGUACCUCCGCACAGCCUCCUUUUUUUUGCCUUUAGGUUGCCUUUAGUUUGACGAAUUGUGAAGUAGCGUAUAGGAUAAAUCAUCAUUUUUCUUCUAUUUUCUCCAAAAGACAUUGGUGGGGGCGAUAGAAGAGGAGCAUAGGCCUAUUUAAUCUAUUUUUUUAUGGUUUUCAAAUCCAAACAGGGUAUUAUGAACAUAUGUUAUUCGUUUUUUUUUUCAAUGUGAACUUAUUUAUCCGCAUUUGAAGAUCAUUUUGUUUUGCAUUUUGUUGCACUUGUAAAAGGAUCCAGUUGGGAUUUAUGAGGGAAAUGCUUUUUUUUCUAAUAGGUUGCCUUUGCUUGUGGACUUUCUCAUGUUAUUUAUUUUGUUUAGUGUUACAAAAUAGUCCUCUAGUAUUAUUUCACACCCUUACGAGAAGCUCAGUGGAUUCAAGCCACCCCCCCAAGCCCUAUUACCAUGCAAGCUCCAUUUUCAUCCUUCUUCUUCUUCGAGGAGCUAUUUUUAUUUGAUAUUGUCUCUCAGAAUGUAAAAUCAAUCAAUCGACGCAAUAAGGGUGCAAAGAAGGACAUAUUUUAGCUGUUUUUUAUUGAAGAGAAAAAAAACACGUUAAUCCCCCCUUCAUAUACAUUCCAUGCUGCUCCAAGUCGAAGAAGUAAAUAAAACACAUGAAAUACAAUCCAAGCACAUUUGUUUUAAUUUGGCAUUUUAUCCGGAUUUCUAACAAAUGACAAUAAUAAUGUAUAUUUUGCAAAGGCUAAAAUACGUUCAGAAAUAAUUUAUUAUGAUUUAAAAAAAUUACCGUAAGAGACACACUCGCACAAGCAAAACACAGCAUAAUUUAUUUCCUUCUCUUCCCGAUGAGACGUAAAGAAAACUCUCGGGUGGCCUCCUUCUAUCCUCUCCUCUCAUCUCAUCAGCGUGGGCACAUCCAUAAUCAUAAAAAUGUCAGUUGGCCGGAGCUUUCUGGAGCUUCUGCAAGUACAGACAACAAUCGAAAUGAAAGGAAUAUGUUUCAAGGGUUUUGUUGCUUCCAUUAAUGGUGCAGAUUCCAAGUAAAAAAAAUGCAUUUCAAUCUUUCAAUGCAAAAUUAAUUACUACAAAAAGUGAUGGAUAGAAAAUAAAAAUAGAAUUGUGCAUAUGUUGUUGCACAGCUGCAGGAUUUUUUUAUUCAUUCUUUUUAAAAAAAAAUCAACGUGAACAUGAUUGAUAUACCAGGGCAUGGGUAGCCAUGACAUAUGGUUAGCAGGGAAACCUAGAACAAUUGAACCAUGGUGUGUCAAAACUGCACUUUUCAUCAUCCACGGCAACAUUCCACUCGCACGUGCCUGAAUAGAAACAUUUUAAACCACAAAAAUAUGCAUUAUUGCUCUGGAUUUCGAUCCGUGGGAAAGUGUUUGUUAAAUCAGUGCCUGCUGUAAUGUGUGUAGGUUGACUAAAAAGCCUCCACCCACUCCUUUCCUUGCACACAAAGAUUACCCCCCCAAAAAAGAAAAGACACCAUUCCCCCCAUGUGGCAUCUAUCUCCACAAAUGUGUACAAAAAUAUAUCCACAAGACACAUUUCCAUGAAAUAUAAAAUAGAUAAAAGCCAGGUGGAGUCCUUUUAUACUCACCAAGUGGUGCGUUCAGUGGCUCCCCGACAAGGAAACAACGCCUUGUUCGAUUCUUAUUUAUCUUUUUAAAACAUCCCUCCAGCGACAGCUAUAAGGCUCGAAGUAGGAGCAGAAAAUGCUUCUAAUCUGAGUGACCAGUGUUUCUGGCCGCUUCCUGGCUGCAUUUGAUCCGGGGGAGAGUUAGAAGCCUUAAAUGUGUUGUGAGGGCACCGAGCUGUCAGACCUUUUGGCGAGUAAGAUUGAUCGCGCACAGGCUUCCAGCACUCUUUGUUUGGUAUAUAAGCAACAAACUGAGAGAGACCUAUACCACGUCUUCCUCUCUCCGAGUCCUAUUUUUGCUUUCUUUGAAUGGAAAGGUUGUAGUCCUAUAUGCGGCUUUCACGGAUGACUUUGGAAGGACCAUAAAGCAAAAUCACAGCAGGGGAGAGACGUUCAGUAAUAACGCGGCCAAUUAUUCGUUUUUAAUGUUUAUAGCCGCCAUUACGGUAAUUGCUUAGCUUGAAUGGACACUGGGAACACUGUAUGUGGCGCCAUCAAACAUUCAGAAUGUCGCAGUAACGCAAACAAAAAAUGAAAACGUGGCCAAUUUGAGCCAUCACACAAACGUCACACACACACGGAUGCAAGUGUUGUGCAUCAACAAGCAGCAUGUGUGUACAUUUUUUGAGAUUGAAAGUGCUAUUCUGCUGUGUGUUAAGUGCAAUGCUAAGCUAAUAUGUGUGCCUUUUUAUUGCUAGCCACCCUAAAGGAUGAAUUCAUCAGAUAUGCUGGACUGACUGCAGAAGAUCACUUUUGGGUUCAUCAAUCAAGAGCUCGACACUGAUUCCUCCUCCCUUCGAGCAGACCAUCCCCAGCCUCAACCCGGGCAGCCAUCCGCGCCACGGCCGGCCGAGAC